GUAGUUCAGUACUCACUGAAAUGCAAUCUAUCGCGCAACGCAUACAUCGGUGUUGGAGAAAAUAUGAGAUCUUCAAAGCUGGCGUGUACAUAACAAUUGGUGCAACGUUUACCCAUUUUAUUCUAAAAUCGGAAGUUCCGAAAAUUUCAUUCUCACAGCCUGUAAAUGCAGCUGAAAUAAUUUACCCUUCUCUUGUCGGCGCCCCAAACCUCCCAAUAAACAAUGAAGCUUUUCAUACUUUGGGAAUGCCAUCAUCAAGUCAUCUUCGUGUUUUUGACGGCUAUAUAUGUGUUUAUGAUCGUCGCAACAGAAUUCCAUAUUGGGUAAUGGAGCAUUUAAACCCUGCUAAACUACAUCAAGUUGAUAUUGAUAAGGCUGGAGUAGAUCGUAAGGAUUUCGAUUUCUAUGAAGAUCUUGGUGAAAUUGAAAUGUUCCGUUCUACUAACAAGGAUUAUUUGAACUCUGGAUAUGAUCGUGGUCAUCUGGCCGCUGCAGGAAAUCAUCGCCUCAGCCAUUCAGCUAUGGGACAAACUUUUAUAUUGAGCAAUAUUGCACCUCAAGUUGGGUAUGGUUUCAAUCGGCAUGGUUGGAAUAGCCUAGAGAAGUAUAUACGUGCGGUUGCAAGAAAGUCACACAAUAUGGUUGUUAUUACAGGACCAUUGUUUCUACCCCAAAAUGUAAAUGGCAAGAAAAUUGUGACUUAUGAAGUAAUUGGUAACAAUAAUAUUGCAGUUCCAACUCAUUUCUUUAAAGUGGCAGCUAUUCAAAAUAAACCAAAUGGAGAAUGGCAUCAAGUAGCUUGGGUAAUGCCCAAUAUUCGUUUACCUGAGCAAAUUAAAGUGGAUGGUUUUAGAGUUCCUGUUGAAAGUGUUGAAAGUGCUUCAGGCUGGAAAUUUUUCCCUAAACUUAAAUCUUAGCAAAACUAUUGAAAGUUUGUACUUAUAUACUUCAUAUUUAUACCUUUUUUAGUUGGUAUUUAUAAUUUUCCUUUUCCUUAAGAUAUUUUAUAUGGAAUUAUAUUUUCUUACUCAA